AUGCACUCACUAAUCGUUCUUUCGAUGGUUGUUUGUUGGCUGGGAUCUGGUGAAGCACAGUCAACACUAAGCGGUGCUCUUGGAGUUGAUGCAAAUGCAGUGACAACAUCGCCAAAUUGUGCUGGGACAACAGAAUGGUUAGCCUGGUCAGAAUGGUCAUCUUGCUCUGAUACGUGUGGCUCGUGUGGGAUUCACACAAGAACGAGAACUUGUCUAACUUCAUCUGUUUUGUGUACUUGUCCCGGAGAAUCAACAAUGAUCGAGUAUUGUAACUUGUUUGUGUGCAAAUACCCAAGAGAUUCGUGCUGUUUCAACUUUACGCCUCGACCGUUCAGUGGUUCAUUUGCUUGUCUUGAUGCCAAUUCAACAGUCACAGCCACAACAGUCACAUCAACU